AUGAUCGUGCCAUCACUAUUUUUUUCGCCAGAUGGACAUCUAUUCCAAGUUGAGUACGCCCAAGAAGCCGUGAAAAAAAGGAUCAACUGCGGUGAGCAUCUUUUUUUAUUAUUUUUUUUCAUUGUAUGGUUUAAAAAAAGAAAACAUAUCAAUUUCAUUACUAGGUUGGGGUGCGUGGGAAAAACUGCGUAGUUAUCGGAGUUGAAAAGAAAUCGAUUCCUGCACUUCAAGAUGACAGAACUAUUCGCAAGAUCCACAUGAUCGAUGAACACGUAAUGCUUGCGUUUGCUGGUACGUUAUUUUUUUUAGCAAAUAAUUUGCGAAAAAUUUUUAAUCUACUAAACGCCGAUUUAUUUAUUUUUCACAUUUUUCUGUUUUGAAAAUCUCGCCUAGCGUCCAAGUUUUUUUUUUCUUGGUUCAAUUUUUUUCCCACACCGGCUAGAUCCCACCCCAGCCUUUUGCGCGCGAAAAAAAAAAUUGAAAAUGUACUGAAAUAGGCCGCACUUUUCGAGGGGUAGGUCGCACUUUUUGGGGAGUAGGCCGCAGUUUGAGGGGGUUGGCCUCACCCCGAAGUGGGAUCCAGCAGAUAUAUGAUUUUUACUCUACUUGCCUUUCUUAUAGGAUAUCUUGUGGACCUUAGAGGAGGUCCAUGUGUUGCAAAAUGAAUUAAAUUUCAAAAGAAAAAACACACAAAAGUAAACAAAUUUUUUCAUGUGUUUUUUUAAAAAAAAACGUUUUUCUUUUUUAUAAACUGUUCUUGAAGUAUAAAAUAAUCAAAUAGUUUUCAGGUCUCUCAGCGGACGCUCGCGUACUUGUUGAUCGCGCCAGAGUUGAAUGUCAGGCUUAUAAAUUGACGCUCGAAGACCCUGUCACUGUGGCAUAUAUUUCUCGUUAUAUUGCCAAUACGAAACAGGUAUUCCAUAUGACUUUUUUGAUAUAAAGUUUUUUGAAAAAAUAAUUUCUAUAGUGCAAGUUCAUGUUCGAAGUAAUUACGGCAACCUAAAAAUGACGCAUUGUUUGUUCAAAUUUUUUCACCACAGGCGGAAUUGGAGUUCCGAGAGCGUUAAAAAAAUUAGCUCGUACGACGAUCUAUCUCAAUAUGUGACUUUUACGGCGACUUCCGCGCGCGAGUUUGAGUUUCUGGAUUUAUUUGGCCCUUUCAAACGAAAAUUGCAUUCAUAUAAAAUUAAAGAUCAUUUUUAUGGUUCGGGUCACUUGAAAGAAAGUUUUUAUAGAGCUAGAAUCACGAGUUUGGGACACUUCGAUGUUUAUAUCCUUUUGGUGGUAGAAAAAAAAAUACCAGCGAAAAUUCGAACGGCGACUUUUCCGAUUUCCUAAUAUCGGUAGGUAGCUUUCCGACGAAAUUUUUUCCGAAUUUUUUUCUCGAUGAACUCUUCUUUUCGAAUCUACCUAUAUAAAUAAAAAAUAGUAAUAGAUUUUUUUUAAAAAAACCUAAAAAAAUAUAAGCGAAAAAAAGUUGGAAAAUGAUUCGUCGGAAAAGUCGCCGUUAGAAAAUUCGCUGACUUUUUUUUUUCAUACCACCAUCCUUUCAUUCCUAACAUAUAUUACUUUUUUGUUCUCAUCAAAGUUUCGUACUCAGAGGUUCACACAAUCUCCAGGACGACGUCCUUUUGGUAUUUCUAUGCUCAUUGGCGGCUUUGACUUUGACGGAACACCUCGCCUUUUCAAGACCGAACCCUCUGGUGCCUACUAUGAGUACUUGGUGAGAGUUUAGACCAUGAAAACUGUUAUCAAUCAACAUUCAAGGCUAAUUCCACAGGCCGUGGCGAAAAACCAGUCCGAGAGUACUUGGAAGAACAUUAUAAUGAUGAGACGACUGCAGAUGAACAGUCAACUCUGAAGCUCGUUGUUAAAUCUCUUUCACAGGUUCGAUCCAUUUACAUCGACUAGGAACUCUUUUUAAUUGAUGUUGAAUGAGAAAAACUCAUUAUGGUUUCGAGAAUAUCGUCCUAAUACAAAAAGUUGAAGAAGCAACGAGUUUUUUCAAUCUAUCCAACGAUUUUAUUGAAAUUUCUUUAUCGAAAAUAAUGAAAACUUUGGAAUUUUUUUGAAAUAAUUGACUCAUUGAUUAGAAGUUUUAAAAAAAUAAUUGGUUAGAAAUUAUUACAUGAAACCGUGAAUGCGUACUUUCCUUUUAAUUUUCUGUGAGCCUGAAUCUGUUUUUUUUUUUAAGUUUAAAUGGAUGAAAUAAGCUUCUCCUUCACUUGAAAAUUGAUAAUAACUAGAUGUAUACAGAAUUUUAACAGUUUUCCAUUUGAAUUUUUUUCGCAAAAAAAUAUUGCUAAAAAAAUUUAAAAAAAUAGGACUGUUUCGGAGCAACUUUGGCGCGCCGAGGAACAUGGUUUUUUUCGUUUUUUUAAGCAUGUUCCGUUUCUCCGAAGAACACGACUUGAAAUAUUUUGAGUUUUUAAACUUUUUUUUUUACUUCAGCUAUUAUUCAAGUAGUAUCGUACAUUAGUAGCGAUUUGUAAUUCUAGUCGCCCACAUACGUUCAAGAUGUUUGAUAUACAUAUAUAAACUUUAAAAGAAAUCUUAUAAUCAAACUCAGUCCAAACAUUUUUUUUCACAAAGGCUUUAGAGAUAGAUUUUUUUUUUCUCCGCUUUUUGUGCACUUGUAGGAUAGAAAUUAAUUUUCAAAUAUUUCAGGUAGUCCAAUCUGGCUCUCAGAAUAUCGAAAUCGCCGUGAUGAAGUUUGUGAAUGUAAGAAUUGGCUCUUUCUUUGAUUUUUUAAAAUAAAUGAUUAAGGGAGAAAUCGUAAAUCGCGUUUUGACCGUUGAAGAAGUCGAAGCGUUGCUCAAGGUUGUCGAUGAAGAGCGUGUGGCCGCCGAGGCUGAAGAAGCCGCCAAGAAGAAAUAA